AUGCAUCCGAGGGCAGUCAGCCUAUUGGCCAUUCUUGGUGCUUCUUUAGUCCUCGGGGCCCCUCGGUCCUUUCUGAACACCAGCACCUUAGACGUCGCGGUUCGCUGGCUCGAGGGCGCGCCGGACUACAACUCGGGAACGACCUUCGGGCUGCCAUGGCCCCGUGGCAAAUUCAACGCCAACACGACUACCUUUACGGGCACAGCUGGGUCUGAGAAGAUACAACUGCAGUCUUGGGUGACGGGAUACUGGCCUGAUGGCUCCGUUAAGUGGUCAGGACAUGCAAUUCCAGCGUCACAGACCAUUGCAGAAGAAUACACCAUCACUGCUUCAGGCUCUGACAACUUGACGGUAUUGUUCGAGAAGCGUCAAUCUGCAGGUAUUGCCACUGACUCCGGGGAUGGCAUUGUUGUUGACACAGGCAAAAUUUCCGUCACGUUCCCCAAGUCCGGGUCCGUCCUUGUGAGCUCUAUUCAGACCUCCGGGGGGAAGACUGUGGGUCAGAGCGGGAGGUUGAUCCUGCGCACUCAAUCCGACAUUAUCGACUAUGAAGACAACAGUGUGAACCAGACUUCGAUUGAGCACUUAGAGUUUCAGGGCGUCAUCAACCAGACCACCAUCUCCGAGGAUAGCUCAACUCGCGCUUUGGUGACGGUCAGCGGCACUCACCAAACUGAAGCAGGUGCAGGUGCCUGGCUGCCAUUUACGGUUCGAUUUUACUUGUACGCCAGCUCGGAUGCCAUCAAGAUUGUGCACAACAUUGUUUACGACAAGAACUCUUCCGAUACUUUCGUCACGGGAAUUGGCAUCAAGUUCGAUGUCCCCCUGGCAGAGGAGGAGCUGUACAACCGCCAUGUCCGCCUGGCAGGAGUCGAUGGCGGGUUUUUCAACGAGGCCGUGCAGGGGAUUACAGGUCUUCGCAGGGAUCCUGGACAGGAGGUCAGCACGGCUCAAGUUGAAGGGGAGGAAACCCCUGACAUUUCAACGUGGGCCACAACCGUCAGCUCUAGGACGCAAUGGAUUCCCGCCUGGAACGAUUUUCGAUUGACUCAACUGUCUCCCGACGGGUUCAACCUUCAGAAACGAACCAAGGUAGGUCAAAGUUGGGUCAAGAUCCCAGGAGGCACCCGUUCAGAUGGACUCGCCUACCUUGGUGGUGCUACUGCGGGUGGUCUCGCCGUCGGGCUUCGAGACUUCUGGAAGAAAUAUCCGACAAGCCUCGACAUUUCCAAUGCCGCAACCGACACAGGCAGCAUAACAGUCUGGUUGUACAGCCCGUCAGCUGGGCCUCUGGAUCUUCGACCAUUCCACGAUGGACUUGGUGAGAGCGGUAACUAUACCAAGCAACUUGAUGCAUUGGAAAUCACAUAUGAAGACUACGAAGAAGGCUAUAACACUCCCUAUGGAAUCUCGAAAUACAGCGAACUCUUCCUCUACGCCUUCGACACCACACCGUCCUCCGACACUCUAGCCACUCUAACCGCCCACACGAACCAGCCCCCAGUAUUAUUCGCCGAACCAGACUACAUCCACUCCACCAAAGCCAUCGGCAGCUACUGGGCCCCCCCGGACAACUCAACAGCCGCGGCGGCGACAAUAGAAUCCAACCUCAACUUUUUGCUUUCUUACUACCAGCAGCAAGUUGAACAACGCCGCUGGUACGGCUUCUGGGACUUUGGCGACUUCAUGCACACGUACGACGUGGACCGGCACACAUGGCGCUACGACAUCGGCGGAUACGCCUGGGACAACUCGGAGCUUUCGCCAGAUUUGUUCUGGUGGAAUUACUUUCUGCGCUCGGGAAGAGCAGACGUGUACCGUUUCGCGGAAGCACAGCUGCGCCAUGUGGCCGAGACGGAUGUUUAUCAUCUCGGUCAUAUGAAGGGCUUGGGCACGAGACACGGCGUCCAGCAUUGGGGCGAUAGUGCGAAACAGGUCCGCAUCUCGACGCCAAUUUAUCGUAAGAUUUUCUGGCAUUUGUCCGGUGGAGAUGAGCGGGUGGGGGAGUUGGUUAGGGAGGUGCUAGAUGUGGGCGAGGUGUGGAAUGUGAUCGAUGCGAGGCGGAAAGUGCACACAGCUGGGGUGAAUUACGUCCCUGAUCCCACGGCGGUUUGGAUUUCGCUUGGUAUCGACUGGUCCGGCAUCGCUAUUGCGUGGCUCAUUGAGUGGGAACGCCGUGGACCGAGGUGGGAGGAGUCCAGGGAGAGGAUAUUUGAGAGUAUGCGCACGAUUGCGAACUUAACGAAUGGGUUUGUGACGGGCGAGGCGCUGUAUAAUACGUACACCGGCGCCAUCUCGCCUCCGCCUACCGACCCGGAGAAUUUAGGGGAGGUCACUGUGGCCCAUCUCUCUGCCAGCUUCGGCAUGCUGGAGACUAUCUCCCAGCUUCUCGAUCAUCUAGGUCCCGAUGACGUCCCUACCGGCUUCCUUGAGGCGUGGUUGGAUUACUGUUACUACUACGGUGCCAGUUCGGUCGAGCAGACAGCUCGGUAUGGCGUCAGUUUCGGAAAUUUGAAUUUGAAGCAGGGACACUCAAGGCUUACGGCGUGGGCCGCUAAUCAUCUGGGGAAUGAGACGCUAGCGCAGAGAGCGUGGAAUGAGUUUUAUAAUACAGAUGGGUUGAGUUUGAAGACAGUGUGGGAGACAGAGAAGGUCAGUGGGAGUAAGGUGCUGAUUCCGGUGGAUGAGGCAAGCUGGUUGGCGGCGAAUGAUGCGGCGCUUUAUGGGUUGGCUGGGUUGGAGAAUUUGGCGUUGGUUGGGAGUGCUUUGGGGGAUAAUUAA